GAAAACAAUGGAAUUAGUGUGUAAUACUAUCUAAAAGUUAAGUUGCUUUUUCAUGGGUUAAGUAAAACCACUCUAUCUGUCUGUCUGUCAGCCUAUUUAUCUAUCUAUUUCAACCUACAGGCACUUGGAUGGUAAUCACAAACUUAUUGAACCCUACAGAAUCGUUAUUCACGGUGCAAUUGAUGGUUACUCGCGUUUGAUAGUUUUCCUCAAGGCUUCUUCAAACAACAGAGCUGAAACAGUGCUUCAGGUAUUUCUUGAGGCAGUAGAACGGUACAACCUUCCAUCUCGUGUUAGGACAGAUUUUGGGAUGGAAAAUGUAGAUGUGGCAAGAGUUAUGCUUGAGAGGCGUGGUUUAAACAGAGGGAGUAUUAUAACUGGGACCUCUGUUCAUAACCAACGUAUUGAACGUUUGUGGCGGGAAGUUAAUCGAAUAGUCUGCAGUCGUUUUGUAAACAUUUUCUCAUUCCUAGAAGUCAAUGGUUUGUUUAAUCCAUUAAAUGAAAUCCAUCUUUGCUGCUUGCACCUGGUUUACAUUCCACUAAUUAACAGUUCAUUACAAGAGUUAACAUCCUCUUGGAACCAUCAUCCUGUGACAUCUGAAUGUAAUGUGAGUCCACGGCAACUUUGGAUCAGUGGUAUGGUGGAAAUGAGGAAUAGCGGCUACUCAGCUGUUCAAGACGUACUGGGAGGCACUAAUUUUGCUCAACAUGGUGUUGAUGAAGAUGGCCCUGUACCACGUUUACAAACAAAUAACAAUGUCCAGGUUCCAGAAAAUGCCUUUCAACCAAGUGAGAGAUCCUUACAAGAAGUUCAGCAAGUUUUGUCUCAUUUGGAUGGCACACAAGAUCUGGAUGGUAUUCUAGCUUACCAGUUGGUACUUCAAAUUCUGCAAACUGAUUAUAGCUAAUGGGCCUGUUACUGGAUCCCUCCCAAGGAAGGGUCUUCACUUCACCUUGCAACCCCUGCAAGUUUAUCUUUUCAAUGACAUGAUGUCAACCUUUUCAUUUUAACCCAGCUACUUAAAGGUUUUUUCACUGAUAAUUUUAAGUAAGAGGUUUGGACUGUCUACAGUUUACAAUGUAAUUGUUGGGGAAAAGAAUUAAACGUAACAAUGAUAUUAUUUUCCACAACUGUGCCCAGUAUAAAACAACUGUAAUAACUAAAACAAGAAAGUUAGUCGAACACAACAAUCAUUGAUUUAUUUAUUGUUCAUUACCAAACAUCAUACAUUUUGGUAUUAACACUAAUAUAAAAUCAGUAGCAAAGUACACAAUAUUAUUUGUGCCAAAUGCUGUCCAUCAAAAUG